AUGGUUAAUCUCAAUCAAUAUCCUCCUAAAAAUGGCAGAAACUACUAUCUGGCUCUCGGCCUCGAGGGCUCUGCUAACAAGCUUGGUGUUGGCAUCGUGAAACAUCCGCUUUUGCCAAAACAUGCCGAUAGCGAUCUUUCACACCAUUGUGAAAUGGAGAUCUUAUCUAACGUCAGAGACACGUAUGUAACGCCACCAGGGGAAGGUUUUUUGCCCCGCGAUACUGCCCGACAUCACAGAAACUGGGCGGUUAGACUGGUACGCUUGGCACUCAAAGAAGCAGGUAUCUCUGAUCCCAGCGAACUGGAUACCAUAUGUUUCACGAAAGGGCCUGGAAUGGGUGCCCCGCUACAUUCAGUGGUGGUCAUGGCCAGAACGCUCUCGGUUAUGUGGGACGUGCCCUUAGUUGGUGUCAAUCAUUGCGUUGGUCACAUCGAAAUGGGAAGAGAGAUAACGAAAGCCGAGAAUCCGGUGGUCUUAUAUGUCAGCGGUGGCAACACGCAAGUCAUUGCAUAUUCUGAAAACUGCUACCGUAUCUUCGGGGAGACAUUGGACAUAGCCAUCGGCAACUGUCUUGACAGAUUUGCCAGAACUUUGAGGAUUCCAAAUGAACCGUCGCCAGGCUACAAUAUCGAACAACUGGCGUAUAAAUGCAAAAACAAAGACUGCCUUGUAGAGCUUCCGUAUACCGUCAAAGGUAUGGAUUUGUCAAUGAGUGGAAUCUUGGGUUACGUGGACUCGUUGGCCAAAGAUUUGUUCAACAAGAAUACCAAGAACAAGCUUCUUUUUGACUCCCAAACAGGGCAGCAACUUGUCACAGUGGAAGAUUUAUGCUAUUCGUUACAAGAGAACCUAUUCGCAAUGCUAGUAGAAAUCACAGAGCGUGCUAUGGCGCACGUAAACUCUAAUCAAGUUCUUAUCGUUGGCGGGGUAGGAUGCAAUGUCAGACUACAAGAAAUGAUGGCUUCGAUGUGCCGUGACAGAUCCAAUGGACAAGUUCACGCUACUGAUGAACGUUUCUGCAUAGAUAAUGGUGUAAUGAUUGCCCAAGCAGGUCUCUUGCAAUUUAGAAUGGGUAAUACCAUCAAUGAUUUGGCCGAAACUGUUGUCACUCAAAAGUUCAGAACGGACGAAGUAUAUGUAGCAUGGAGGGAGUAG